AUGUCUGCAUGCUUUCCAGAGGCUAGUGUUUCAUCCAAGUGGGCGGCUAGAGGUUUUUCGCCACGGAAGGACCCGGGCGAAGACCUAGCUUGUCUCCGUUUGGACGCUCCGGGGGACCAUGCUCCUGGCGUUCAUCUGGUGGCAUCGACCUCCGCUUGUGCAGACCAGCCUCCUCUUCUCGAACAUGGGCCCGAUCUGGUAGGCGGCACGCUCCUGUUGGACUCGGACUCAUACACCACCUGGGUCCUGCUGCAUGGAGGACCUACAGCCACUUCUCAACUCGCGCGAGUGGCGCUUCCGGACUCUGGGUCUCCUGCAUCCUUGGUGUCCGACUCCGUGGUCACCUCCAUGAUAGCUUCCGGAGCCCUGACGGCUGGCAGCGACGGAUCUGUUCGCAUCACCGUCAACUACAAACGUCUCAACGCUCUGGUGGAUUUGGAUGGACAACCUCUCCCUCCAGUGGACGGUAUCUUGGAUUCUCUGUACACCGGGAAAGUAUUCUCCAUCUUCGACCUCAACUCGGCUUUCCACCAGAUCGUUUGUGAUGAAGACACUGUUCCGGUCACCGCCUUUUGCACUCCCACGCAGUUGUUCGAAUGGCUUCGGAUGCCGCAGGGUGCCAACGCAAGUCCGUCUUGGUUCGUCAAGGUCAUCAACAGAGUGGUGCACGGUCUGGAGCGUGUGCUGGCUUAUUUGGACGAUGUCAUCUGUUUCGAUGAGGAACCUCUGGGACACGUGCCAAACUUGAUCGAGUCCUUCAAACGACUGCGACAGUACAACCUCAAACUGUCUCCAGGGAAGGGUCGCGUCGGCGCCACGCACGCCAACUUUCUCGGUCACACCACCUCUCCUGCAGGUGUUAGCCCUGAUGGCGUCAAGGUUAGGGCGCUCACGCACAUGCCGCCGCCGACGAAUGUUAAGCAGCUUCGGAGCCUUCUCAGUGGACUCAGUUACUACCGGAAAUUCCUCAAGAAUCUCGCCACCAAGGUGCGGCCUCUCAACUCUCUUCUCAAACAAGGCGUCCCCUUCAAGUACUCCCCGGGCAUGGUCAAGGUUGUCCAAACGUUGUUAAGCGAACUCGCUCGCCCCCCGAUUUUGGUCUUCGCGGAUUGGGCAGCAAUCGAGGACAACAGCCGUCCUCUUCGUUUGUGUUCCGACGCGUGUAUUGAAGGCUUUGGUGCCUCCUUGGAACAAGAACAGCUCGAUGGCUCGGUGAGACCGAUCGUGUACAUCAGCCGCGCUACUCUUCCGGAGCGUAACUGGACCGUUCUGGAUCUGGAGGCUGGUGGCAUUGUUUGGGCCAUCAAACGGCUUCGCGGUUAUUUGUGGUCGACCAAGUUCAUCAUCUAUUCGGACCACAAAGCCUUGGAGAGCAUUGGCAAGGUUGGGGAACACAACGCUAGGGUGCAACGAUGGUUGGAAUUCCCGUACAACUUCACCUACACCCUGAAACAUCGGAAAGGUUCGGCAAACGGCAACGCCGAUUUUCUUUCGCGGUUGCCUUUACCAGCACAAGACACUGACAAAACUGGCCCCGACUGCAUUGAUGGUGUCGAUCAAGCGGGUGUUUUCCUCAUUCGGGCUUGCGGGCGCAACUAUCACUCGUCGUCUACGCCGGAGGGGCCUGGUACAGACGUCGGCGUCGACUUCUUCGGACCUCUGCCAGUGACUGCCAAGGGCAACUCCUACAUUUUGUUGUUCACAGACCGUUUCAGUCGGAGAGCCGACAUGUUCGCAGUUACAGCGGCUGAAUUUACGGCGAGAGGGACGGCUCACAUCUUCGUCAACCAAUACAUGACCAAGUGGGGAUGUCCGACUACGUUAUUGUCGGACAACGGACUGCAUGUCUGCUCGAAGCUCUCCAUGGCGAUCUACGAGGUGAUGAAGAUCAAGGAGGUCACCACCAGCUUCUACCACCCACAGACCAACGGCGGCACGGCACGCGUCAACCACACGAUGGCCCAGAUGCUUGCGGUGGUCGUCAACGAACAGCAAAACGAUUGGGACGUACAUCUCCCUCACGUUGAGUUUACCUACCAUGAUUCCGUGAACCAGUCUACUGGAUUAGCGCCAAACGAGAUCCACAUCGGACGCAUCCCGCGACUCCCGCUUUCGGUCUUCGAUCAUCCCACGGUAGGUGGUCAUCAAAGCUUGGCCCGCGAUCAACUCGAGUAUUGCAACCUGGCCGUCGAUCGCCAGCACCGGGCCUACGAACUUGUCCGUGAGUACAACGCCCUGAAGAUUUCGCGAGUCGAACGCCGCCAUUUAUCCCUGCUGGACGCCAUUCACAAGCUCCCUCAGUUUACCGUUGGCGGGUGGGCUUGGGUGUACAACACGGCUGCUACGAUCCGACAGGGUGUGCAGAAGGACACGGACCAACAGGUGCUCAAGGCCAAAUUCGCACUGUCCUGGACAGGGCCCUACAAAGUUUUUGCGGUGGGUCCCGCUUCUGCCGACGCCACUCCGGACGGCAGCCCGUUGGCGCGUAACCUCCUCUACCUGGACCUGCCUUCCGAUCUUUCCGGCCCAGCAGCUCGAUUUCGCGUGUCUGCCCUUCGUUGCAAGCCCUGUCGCAAUCCGUACGAGACGGACGACUUGCCGCAAUCUCUGCCCGCCGAGCUUUCGCGUCAUGUUCUGCACUCUUUCGGAGAUAAAUGUCUACCUUUCCACGUCACCGCGGAUGAUGUGCCGGUGCCUGUCGAGCGCCUCGAGGUCGACUACAUCUCGGGACAUCAACUGGUGCGGGGCCGUAGCGGCGUUCUCGCCGUCCUGUACCAGACGCAUUGGGUAACGGUACAUAUCGAGUGGCUCGGACUCGCGCGGCACAGCGGGAGCUAG